UGUAACUUUUGAUCUGGACCUUUUGUUCACCCAAAAAGUCCCGAAUCUUAUUAUCUUUUAACCCCAACUUUCAACGAGAAUUUCCGGAUUCAGAUGCAGUUUCAAGCAUGCAACCGCUAAAGAACAUAUUUUGAAGAUUCCAUCGGGAGUUGGAAGGUUGACCUGAAGUUGAAGGGCCUUGUUAAACGAUCAUCAGUGUUCAGAGUGGAGUUUCUGACUAUCUGAUAUUUUCUCAUAAAAAUGGAGCAAAAUUCUCAUAUGGGUACCUAUAAUUUGCUGGAAUCUAAGCAAGAAGAUGACACCUACACCGAAGAUGGGACUGUAGAUUACCUUAAAAACCCAGCUAAUAAGAAAAAAACCGGAACUUGGAAGGCAUGUGGCUUCAUCUUAGGCAAUGAAUGUUGUGAAAGAUUGGCGUAUUAUGGAAUGAGCUCUAAUUUAGUCCGAUAUUUUAAGUAUCAUUUGAAUGAGCAUAGCGCAACGGCUUCAAGAAAUCUUUCAACUUGGACAGGAACUUGCUAUCUCACCCCAUUAAUCGGAGCCUUUGUAGCCGAUACUUAUAUCGGACGUUAUUGGACCAUCGCCACCUUCUCCAUCAUUUACGCAAUUGGAAUGGGAAUGUUAACACUAUCAGCAUCCGUCCCAGGGCUAAAACCGACAUGUUAUGAAAAAGAUGUUUGCAUUGCAACAAAAGCUCAAAUCGCAUUAUGUUUCACUUCUCUUUACCUCGUGGCUCUAGGAACCGGGGGAAUUAAACCCUGUGUCUCGUCUUAUGGUGCGGAUCAGUUUGAUGAUCAUGAUGAGGUCGAGGAAAAACAAAAGAGUUCUUUUUUUAAUUGGUUUUAUUUUGUCAUAAACAUCGGUGCACUCGUGGCUCAUUCAGUUCUAGUUUGGAUUCAAGAUAAUGUGGGUUGGGGUUGGGGGUUUUCAAUUCCUACUAUUGCAAUGGGAAUUGCUGUGAUUUCGUUUUUUUCAGGUACUAAAUUGUACCGGAAUCAGUUACCGGGUGGUAGCCCGCUCACUCGGUUGUGCCAGGUGGUGGUUGCUUCUUUUAGAAAGAGAAAGAUCGAAGUGCCAUUAGAUAGUUCACUUUUAUACGAGUCUUCAGAAGAAGCCGGUUUUUCUAAUUCAGGAAGCCGUAAGAUUGAUCAUACAUUUGAUUUGGUUUUUUUCGAUAAGGCAGCUGUGGUUACACCAAACGGGUCGAUAAAUCCAUGGAACCUUUGCUCUGUAACCCAAGUUGAGGAACUAAAAGCCGUGAUACGUUUACUUCCAAUAUGGGCCACAGGUAUCAUUUUCUCCACAGUUUACGCCCAAAUGAGUAACCUAUUUGUAUUACAAGGCUCCACUCUCGACCCACGGGUCGGAAUAUCCGGGUUCGAGAUCCCGCCUGCUUCACUCGGGGUAUUUGAUACAAUCAGCGUAGUAUUCUGGGUCCCGGUUUACGACCGGGUCAUCGUCCAUGUAGCCAGACGGGUCACGGGUCAGCAAAACGGGUUGACCCAACUUCAACGGAUCGGGACUGGAUUAUUCAUUUCCAUCUUUAGUAUGGUUUGUGCUGGUGUUCUUGAAGUCGUUAGGCUCCAGAUUGUAUCAAGAAACGAUUACUAUGAACUGGAUCGGAUUCCUAUGUCGAUUUUUUGGCAGGUGCCACAGUAUUUUUUAAUUGGGUGUGCUGAAGUAUUUACAUUUAUUGGGCAAUUGGAGUUUUUUUAUGAUCAAGCUCCGGAUUCUAUGAGAAGUUUGUGUGCGGCUCUUCAGUUAACAAUUACUGCACUUGGGAGCUAUGUGAGUGCUUUGCUUGUGACGAUUGUGACGAUUAUUAGUACACAGGGUGGUGGUGCGGGGUGGAUCACGGACAAUCUCAACUAUGGCCACCUUGAUUAUUUUUUCUGGCUUUUGGCUGGUUUAAGUUUGGUGAAUUUGGGAGUAUUUGUUGUGUUGGCCAGAAAGCAUACAUAUAGAAAACCUGCUGCAGCUGUUCGGUAAUGCUCGUGAGGACUUGAAAACAUGCACCGGAAAGGUGUAUCUAAGCAGAAUGGGUUGUAGAUAAAUAUCUUGCACUUGUACAUUUACGACUUUGCUUAUCGUUUAGUAGUUUGUACAAAGGACAUUGUUUGUAAUAUCAUCCAUCCAUUGUUUUGAAAACCGGACCGGACCGUGGUCGGUUGAACCAGGAAUAGGGGAGGCCAUUGGUUUUUUCAGGCACAAAAACCGUUUGUACACGACCCAGUGUAAAUUGGGCGGAUCAGAAGGAAACCGGGUUAAAUCGGCCUGAUCCAACCUCUUGAAAACUGGUUUCUGUAAAUUCUUAACAUUUUAAAUCGGGCUCUCUCAAUAAUACAUAGUAUUAGUAAUAAUGUCAAAAUAAGUAUAAUGUAUAUGUAUAGUAUAGGUAAUUGUUAGUCGGUUGUUUGUCGUUUGUAAAAAAUUGCAUAUAUAAGGAUCAUUGAUCCUAUGAAAUAAAGAAGUGUGAAAAUUUGUAAA